CUUGUAUUUGCAGGGGUUGCAAAGGAGAACUUGAAGGCUAAAAAUCCGGACCUGAUGAAGAAAUUUAGCGUGAUGCGAUUCGCCUAGGGGGCUAACCAAAGAGCCGCGGAGAAACCUUUGCCUCUCCCUCCGAAGGACUCGGCAACGGUGGAGAAAGGGCUGGACGAGGUGCCUUGUGACGGGGAGGCCCUCCGGCUCCUCGAGGAGAGGAAGAGAACUCAUUCCUGAUGAAUCUAAGAGGGUGAUCCCUCCUAAGAUGAAGGAAGUGAAGAAGAGUGGGAAGGGGAGGAAGAGAAAGAGAGACUCUUCUUCCCACGGGGAGAGCGCAACAAAAAGGGCCUCCCUGGACACCAUACGGACUGCCAUACCUCUACAGGCGAGGUCGGCGGAAGGGGAGACGUCAAUUCCCUCGGGUGAGGUGCCCAUCUCCUGCAAGGGCAAGGAGAAGGCGGGGGAGUCAUCAACGGCCCUAGAACCGCGGAUUGAGGAGGUGUAUCGUCGCAGGGAAGUCUUACCCUUUCAGCACUAUACCCUCUUCAACGAACUAGGUCAUAAGGGUAUAAUCACUCGCUUUAAUAGGGCGACAUCCCAACUGAUCAGCAGGAAGGACGUUGAUCAUCUGGAGUCCCUGCCCCUUAUCGACAGGGUUCGCCAACUUCAGGCUUCUGCGGCUGAGACAUUCUUGAGGUUAUCGUUCGAGUUGAAUCUCAGCCGUCAGAGUGCCGCGGACAGGGAGACCCUGGCGGCCCUAACCUCUCACUGUAAUGAACAGGAGGAGGAGCUUAAAAGGCAGAAGGAAGAUCUUGAGGAGCUGCCGUGCUUAAAAGAAAAACUGGCUAAGUGCGUCGAACUAAAGGAACGCUUAGUCAGAAAAGAACAAUGGCGAGAAAAGGCCAGGAAGCAGCUGGAGGGGACCGUCGGUAGUUUAGACGCGGCUUCAAACUUGUCUGCCACCCUCGGCCACGAAAUUGGGCACCUGAUGGACAUUCACGCCAGGCUGGUUCGACAAAAUCAGUCACUCUUGCAUCAGGUGUCGGACGAUCUGGUUAAAUUCCAAACCUUGCUAUCCGCGAUAAGAAUAUAUAAUCUUCGCUCGGAGAGGAGAUCACGGAUAGCAAGGGAGUGGUUGACCUUAGAUGAGCCUGAGGCGUCAAGUUUCUUGGGAGAUUUGACGGCGGAGAUGGUGGGUGCCGGUUCCAUGAUUAGUGACGAGAAGUACCGUCAGGCUGCCGCGGAGUUAGGCGUCGACUUUGAUUCUCUCCAACGAACGGCUAAUCAAAAGGGAGACGAAGCUUUGACCAACCUAGCUCCGGUUUUAGAGCGGGAGUCCGCGGUGCUGGUCAAACCCAACUAGGAUGUGGAGGAGAAGAGGGUCUGGUUGGAAAAAGUUGAUGAUAGAGCUGAAAAGGAGGCUUUGUGCCUCGACUUGGAUAAGCUAGCCCUACCUCCUUCUUCGGCCUCGGAUGUCCCAGAAAACUUGGCGCUCUCUAAACUGGAGAGUUUGUGCUUGGAUUUGUCAAAUCUACUUAUUGAUGAAGGGAAGAACCUCCAGGGCUUAUCCAAGGAUCUGUCUGAGAUCGAAGUGGAGCCGUCGAAUAUUGAAGAGUUCAUAAGCUUCACUCCGGGUCUUGGCGAGAGGAUGGUCGGGUCUCCACAGCUGCCACUUCAAGAUCCGGAAGGGGAUGUGGACGCCUUCCUUGACGAUGUUUAAUUAAUUUCUAAAAGUUUGUAUUUGUGGCAUUCAUCAAUCGAGCUUGUAAUUUGAAUUGAAUUAUAUUUUUGAGCCGAAUUAUUUUGAUACUUUCUGUACAUAUUUUUGAUCAA